AUGAGAAGUAGUUGUGGUAAAUGUGUAAUUAUUUUAAAAAAUACAGUAGCCGUUGUUAAUAGUCAAUGUGACGAUCCAUUCUACAAACAACAUCCACAAGAAUAUGAUAGAGAAAAUGAAAUGGGAUGGGUAGAUAUUCUUAAUAAGGAAAUUUCCAGAUAUGGUUCUCAAAAGAGGAAAAAACGUUUAUAUUCUAUAGAAGGUGUAUAUGAUUCAUCUUAA